AUGCGGAAAUCGAAAGUUAUUGUGACUUUCCUGAGYUACWCCAGAAUACUUUGUGUUUUYGCUCUUCAAAUYGCUGAGGUUGAWUGCGUYACCUCGGUUUGGGGAGUACAACUUGMAAACCAUGUUAUGUCCACCUUGAAAAUCGCCGAUAUCGAUAGUUGCUACAGGGCCUGUGCUGCGAAGCCAGGCUGUCAGAGCAUUAAUUAUUUCAUAGAAAAGUCUCUAUGUGAGUUGAAUAGCAGGGCAAUCGAGAACACACCCCAUAUGACAGUCGUAAACGAAGAUUCUGUGUACUUCAAGAAUCCAGAGCCACGUCCCCAAGAACCCGUGGAUGGUAAUUUUACCGAGUGGAGCAACUGGACGUCAUGUUCUUUUCUAUGUGACAAUGGAACACGAUAUCGAAACCGUUCUUGCACCAGCCCACCACCUKCUCAUGGAGGAAAGAGCUGUACUGGGUCCUACAACGAGACUGAAAACUGUAACAUUCAUCCAUGUCCUGUCCCCAGAAACUGUGCCGAAAUCUACRAUCGUGGGCUCACCCAAAGUGGUGUAUACACAAUCGAUCCCGAUGGAAAAGGAGAAUUCAAGGUAAUCAAUCACAUCUAG